CCAGAGUCUGCAGUGCCUGAUCGCGCUAACCCAAAAGAUCUAUAUAAGAGGCAAAGAGGACAAAAGGACCAAACUGCAAGGCAGUGAGGAUAACUUCAAAAAAAGCUGCACUGGACAAGUGAGCAAGGGUCAAAUUCUAUGAGGGGACUUCAGGCAUAGGAAAAAAAUCACCUUCAGCAGAACAGCAGCUGGUCCCGAGCUUAAAAGCGGGGAGAGGAGAGGGAAGAGGGGCUGGACAGCAAAAAAAAAAGGAGCAGAGAAAAAGUGACUGGAAUGAUAAGAUGAGAAGCAGGCAUGUGCUCCUGAAGCUCCCCCCUAAUGAGGCCCUUCUGCAACUCCUGCUUGUGUUGUUGCUGGGGUUGCAUGUUCUAGCUGUGUGCCCCUCCAUGUGCUCCUGCAACCGCAGUCACAGGGAGGUAGACUGCUCCUGGAGGGGGCUGAGACAGUUGCCCCAUGGCUUGCAGCACAACAUGCAGUCCCUCAACUUGUCCCACAACCGAUUUCACAACCUGGAUGGCCAGCUCACCGCAUACACCCAUCUCCGCUCCCUUGAUUUGUCUCACAACCGGCUGAGCCACCUGCCCACCGGCUUGCCUCGUUCCCUCUGGCAUCUCUACGCCGCCUCCAAUCGCCUCCAGUUGCUGGACAAGAACGAUACCGUCUUCCAGUGGAAUCUGCAAUUGCUGGACCUCUCCAACAACAAGCUGGAGCGAGCCAUCUUCAUCAACAAUACACUGAUCAAUCUGUGCACGCUCAACCUAAGCCACAAUCACUUCUGGACUUUGCCCACCAACUUGCCUGUACACCUGGACACUAUUGACCUGUCCCACAAUUUGCUUGUGAAGGUGCUGCCGGGCUCUCUGGACCGGCUCCUUAGAUUAACUCACUUCUAUCUGCAUGCUAACCGCUUUUCCACACUGCCCAUUGGAGUGUUUGACAAGACAACAUCACUCAGAGUCAUCACUCUGGGGGACAACCCUUGGGCCUGCCACCUUUAUGACGACAUCAGCUACUUACUCUCCUGGACUCAACAUACCCCUGCUCACGUCCUGGGCUGCCCUUGCCACACCCAGCCCGUCUGUGGAGGGGUCCGCCCUGGCAGGACUGGAGGGUGGCACUUUGCCUCGUACAACCUGCCCCCUCUGGCAGCGAGUGCUCAGGACCUGAGCUCCAUGCCUCCUGAAGCCAGUGUGACCGGUUGGUGGUACUUGUCUGUUUCUGCUCUGCUAAGCACCUCACACAACCCCAAAGAGACCUGGAACACGCCUCACCACCCCUUCACAGUCACACCCAUCAGCAUCUCCACCCAGCCACCCAGAAGCCCAGACACACACCUGACCAUUAAUCACUUUUCUGCACCUGCUAGCCCAGCUGCCGGAGAGCACAUGUUCCACACUGAUGCCCAUCUCAUCUCUGGCACAAAAGAAACCUCACCCGCCGACACAUCCCUUUUUUCUGACACAAGCUUUGUUACUGACACACCCACAAGGGCUGACAUGACGCUGGCUACAGACAGAUUCUUUACAACAGAGAGCCUCUCCGUCCGAACAAAGAAGACAACCACUCUUCGCACCAGGAGUGUGAGGAGGCAGAAUCAGUCUAUUCCUAGUGGCGUCAGCAACUGCAGCCCCGAUGCUUUUGCUGCCUGCUCCUCGCUCCCUCUCCUACAGAGCCUGGGGCUUCUUUCUCUCAUUCUGCAACAAAUCCUUUGAAAGACGAAGACUGACAGCUCAGUGCUAAGCAUAUGCAUUUACAGCACAAACAAAUAGAGCACAGAUAAGAGCCUGUUGACUGUUGUGGUACUGUUAUGUUUGUAUAUUACCAGCUCUCUCAGCAAAAGGCCAUUUACAAUACAACAGCUUCAUGACAAGUUCUCUUAAUUCCUGCUUUCCUGAGUAUGAUGCUACUUUUAUGAUAGUAAGUCAAAAAAGCAAUGUGUUACCUUUUUAACACUUUUUACAAGCCUGGACUCGAAUGCACUGUCACUGGUUUAACAUUGUAAUGAAUAUAUCUAAGCACAUGGUGGCACUAUACAUUCAGGUAGCAGUUUAUUAUGUAACUGAAUGUAGCCUGGUGCUCAUCUGCAACUACUGUCUACCCUUUUCAAGGCUGUUCAGCACACAUUAUGACCUAAAAAUUAUUAAAAAUCUUUUAUUUUUUCCAAAUUUUCUAAAACUAUCGGCUGGGUUUGACUGAUGUUGUCUUGGUCAUAUUAUGGUCAAUUUAUUUUAUAGUAUUGGCUUUCAAGCAGACAUAACAAGUUUUAAUUAACUUAUUUUGACUCUUAAUAGAUGUCCUCGAUGCCUGCCUGCUUGUUUCAUGUAACAAACCAUAUCACUCACCAGAGGAGCAAUAUUUUCUGGGGACAGGUUGUUUGUAAGGAACUGGUCAUGACAUGUAUACCUAACAGGGAACAACAGAGACUCUGAAGCGGAGGGAAAACAAUGUUGUGUCACUAUCUUUAACAAACUCUGAGUGCCGAGUACUGCUUCUGUAUUUUGAUCACAUCUCAGACUUAAGUGUCCUUCAUGAUUCAGUGACGUUCGUGAAAAUGAUCUGCAUGGUGAUUGAGCGUUCCAGGAAUGCUAACCUACUGCUAUAUUGCCGCAGAGCAUCAAAGCGCCGACAUUCUCAGCUUAUUUAUAUGAAAUGUUAAGAUAUUCCAAUUUUGCUUGCAUAAAGCAUAGAUGACAGUGAUGUGGCAGAGUACAGGUUUUUACAUUUUAGAAAUACCUUUGCAUAUGGCACCAAAAGGUACCAAAAAAGUAGGAAAUGCAUCUCAGCAAGCUGUAUUAUUUUGAUAAAGUUAAGAGGAAUACAGUGAUCCAGAUAAGCACUUUCUGUAAAGUUAA